AUGCCUUCUUUCCUUUCUUUUGCGCUGGAGACAACUCAAGAACGACAUUCAUUGGGUCUGUUUCACGAGCAGGCGCGCUAUGACCGGGAUCAGUAUGUAAACAUCCGUACAGAAAAUAUCAUCGCUGGUUAUGAAAAUCAGUUUUCAAAAAGGGCACCGGACGUGAUGGAGACUUUCGCCGUACCAUACGACUACGGCUCGCUAAUGCAUUUCAAUCAGACGCAUUUCUCGCGGAACGGUCAUAAUACGAUUGAUACUAAGGAUGCGAAUUAUCGUUAUACUAUAGGACAGCGAACACAGCUAACAUUCAGCGACGCGAAAAAAAUUAAUUUGGCGUACUGCAAAGAUGUUUGCAAAAACGAGCUAAAAUGUGAAAAUAAUGGUUAUACGGAUCCGAAGAACUGUUCGCGUUGUAGAUGCCCAGAGGCCUUUGGUGGCAAUUUUUGUGAACAUCCACGAAAAACGUCAUCAGCAGUAUGUGGAACCAAUCUGGACUUGACGUGUUCUGAUAAGAAGCAAAAAAUUGAUCUGUCUGGUGCCGAAGAAUGCCAUUAUGUCAUUCGGGUAACUUCCAGACUCAUGUUUGAUCCCUAG